UCUCUCACCCACAACCUAGCUACUGGUGGUAAAAAUUCUUUUUUUUUAAAGUCCCUGUUCCGAGCAUCAUCCUUUCUUUUUCCUUCCGUUUUCCUUUUUCCCAUUCCUCCACAUAACCCUUUUAAACCCCUCUGGAAUCGGCCUCCGGUGAAUAGAAAGUUGUCCCUGUAUUCCUGGAGCCAUCGCAAUAUUCCUAUAUCAUCCCUCAGAUUCCAGUUCCGAUUCUCAGUUCACUUGCUUGUUCGAAGAUCUUGAACUUCUUUGCUUUCUUCACUAGUUACCUCAUCAUACUCGGCACUACGCCCCUCCUACCUUAGCUUAGCUCUCUCUCACAGUUACCUUGACUAUAUACCACCAUGCCUAGAGAAAGAAGAAAGUGGACCGAGAGUGAAGAUGCUAUACUUCGUGACGCAGUAUUGAAAGGUAAGAAUCCUGUUGUUUUUGCUUGGGGGCUUUGGUGGUGUUUUGCAAAUAAUUAACAUAGCGAUCGAUAGGCGGGGAAGGAGCUUGUGACUGGCAUCUCAUUGCUUCCUGUAUUCCUGGCCGAACAAACAAAGAUUGCAGGAAGAGGUGGCACUAUAAAGUAGCUGCGACAGUAAAUAAAGGACCCUGGGAAGUUGCAGAGGACGAGAGGUUAUGGGCUGCUGUCCAGGAGCAUGGAAGCCGGUAUUUAUCUAUCCUGUCUUCGCGUGUUUUUGUAAUUUCACAAAAAAACUAAAGUAUCAUGGAAACUGACGAUAUGCAGUUGGGCAUUAGUAGCACAGGUAAUUAACAAAAGCCUUUCUAUCACUUUCAAGUCAACUUUGGCUAGGUAGAGCCCGUCAUGAUCCGAACUAACAUGUGUCGUCGCAACAUAACAGGUUGUCAAAACCAGAAAUGGCGACCGUGAGUUUAUCCAUUCAUCCUCAUUUCCGCUCUCCUAACUCUUCCCCGUGUUUAUUCCUUCCCAUAUCUCACCAUCAAGGGUUCCAAAUUUUUGUCCGUUGUCUAAUUCGCUUGAGCCGGCAGAAUGUUCCAAACGUUGGUACGAUGCAUUGGACCCAAGUAUCGAUCAUAGCCCGUGGACCCCGGAAGAGGUAUGUCCAUUCGGCCCACAUGCGGACCCCACCAAGGGUGUGGGAAAUUUACGCCCAAAUCCUCUAACAUAUGUUCUCGGUAACUAGGAUGUUCGGCUAUUGGAAGCUAUCGAGAAGCAUGGGAGAAACUGGAAGGCAAUAGUUAAAGCUUACUUUCCUCGCCGGACGAGUCUGUCGGCCAAAAACAGGUACUAUCUCCGAAAUCCCCGAUCAGUGUCCUAAACUUCUUUUAUUGUUUUCUUUUUCCUUUCGCCUCAUUACGCAAAUGGGUUCCGUUGGAGAGAUAAGAUACUUAUGCGUAAAAAAAAUUAUGUUGGAUUGGAUAUGCACACAUUCGUUCAUACAUAUGCACAUGCGUUCAUGCAUACUACACGUGUAGGGCUAGGGGCUAAUAGUUUUCAUUCUCGAUGUUGGGAAAAAUAUAGGUACUCGCUGCUAAUCAGGAAGAUGGAACCCAAGAACAAGCAGUCCCAAUCCGGAGGAUCCAAAAAGGCAAACCAAAAAUCUUCGCAAAAAUCCCAAUCCCAAGCGGACACGCUGGAAGCUAGCAAGAUACCCGCUCCCCAGUUUCGCCAGGAUCCAGCAAAUAUGGGGAUGAAGCGGGAGGAGGAGCACUCGCGAUCGCAUGCAUACAGAAACUCUUUAUCUGGGGGGACAGGUGGCUCACUAAACGUUCUAUUCGAGCCUGGUUGUCAACCCAGGAAUCCCGAUAAGGGUGGAAGCAGCGGCAACACUAAUCCUAGCAACGCAAAGCAGGAGCAGCAGCCGGUUGCGUUUGAAAGUCCGUUGUUGAGUCAGAAGGGUACACCCAGCAUCUCGAGUUAUACACCCCCAUCUUCCGACUGCCCAGCUCUUUCACCGGCCGACUGGUCGGGCCUGGUCACGAGUGGUAACGCCGGGUCAGAGGCUAGCUUCCCGGUUACCACACCGUCCGGGCAAAGCGAGGAUAUGUCCUUGUUCUUCAAUGACUUACAUCUCACAACUUCACUUAGUCAAGGGGAUCUCAUACAGUUUGCUGCUAAGCAUCCUGAAAGAAUGGUUGCGAGGCCGGUAUCCAUAGACCAGGGAACCAUGGGGAGCAGCGGGUGUAUGGACUCCCGCAGGAAUAGAACCCCCCGUCCGUCAAAUGCGGGUCAGGAUAUGAGCGAUAAUACGGGCUCCCGUGUGAUUACUGUCAUGAUCAACAGCGAGGUCCCGGAAACCGUUAAUAGUAUUGUCAAUCAUAUUGGACGGGAGGAGGGCGUAAGCAUUGCGAUUCAUCUCGGUUGAUCUCUCGGGCACUUGAUACUUUGACAUCCGGGCGCAUGGGCGUUGGACGGCGUUUUAUUCUUGGGUUUUACCUUCUUUUUUUCUUUUUAUUUCCGUUUGUAUCUGUCGGUUCCUCGUUCAAGUAUUAUCUCAUUGCGACUAGCAUCGCCCCCUUUUCUCAUUUGUUUAGAUUGAUGAAGAUCAGGGUUUGUGUCUGGAGGGUCUUUGUCUUGAUAUAACCUUUGUUUUUGUUUUUGAACUGCCUGUACAGUAAAUUUAGCUAAGUUCAGUCUGGCAAUGCACCCCACAACCUAGCCCCCCCACGCGUGGCGGGUUGCCGGUGG